GCGGCUACCGCAGUAGCGCUGAGCCUUUCCCACUGGAUACUGUGCGGUGCAGGUGGGUGCCAGGCAGCGGCUCCUUCUCAACUUCGACCCGGCCUUACCGUCUCCUGGACAAUGGAGGCGCAGCAGGCACAAGGUCUGCUGGAAACGCAGCCAUUGCACGAGACAGAUGAAGAAGUGGUCACUGAUAUUGAUUUCACAAGCAUGAUUUCUGAAGAAGAGAGAGAAGAAUUAAAGAUUGAGCUAGCCAAGCUAGAGGAUGAAAUUUCAACUUUACGGCAAGUGUUAGCAGCCAAAGAAAAGCACCUGGCAGAAAUAAAACAAAAGCUUGGUAUCAACCUGAUGAAUGAGCUGAAACAGAACUUUAGCAAAAGCUGGCACGACAUGCAGACGACUUCUGCUUACAAGAAAACACAUGAAACUCUGAGCCAUGCAGGACAGAAGGCAACAGCAGCUAUCAGCAAUGUAGGAACAGCCAUUGGCAAGAAAUUUGGAGAUAUGAGGUCACAUUCGAUUGGUUACUCUAUUCGCCAUUCCAUAAGUAUGCCUGCUAUGAGGAAUUCUCCAACUUUCAAAUCGUUUGAAGAGAAGGUUGAGACCACUGUCACAAGCCUGAAGACGAAGGUUGGAGGGACAAGCCACAGUGGGGGGAGUUUUGAAGAAGUUCUCAGUUCUACUGCCCACGCCAGUGCUCAGGGCUCUAUCACAGGCACUCCGCUUCCUGAGAACGAGGAGGAACUUCAGUGUUAGACUAUAGCCCCUAUUGGCCAUCUGUAUCCGACCUGGUGAGACUUAAUGUUUUCUAUGCUUUCUUUCCACAUCCAGCUUGAGACACGUGGCUUUGUAACCUCUUGAAAAUGGCCUCACCCAUGUGAUACUGUAGUCAUUGUUCCAAAUGUAUUGGUAUUUUUACUAGGCCAUUUUUACCAUUAAGCAUUUUUAUACUCCAUAGAAAUUGUGCACACCAUCAUUUCUUAAUGUUCCAAUUUCUAUAACGUAACCAAACAGUUCUUGCUUUAUGGUAUUUUCCCUCCAAUUCACUCCACACCUCUGGUCCAGUUGGUAAUUUCUUUGUUUUUUAUUUAUUUAAAGGACUAAAUGGGUUUUUAGUAUGCAUGUUUCCACCGAUUAUGUAACCCCUCUGUGCCACAGCAGACAGAUGGGUCUAGGACUGUGCAAGGAUUUCCGUUGCCAGCAAUAGUCUGUACACCAGCUGUCCACCAAAUUAUACUAGUGCCCUUUACCGAGCAUACAGACAUGACCUGAGCUGCUUAAGGAGUCAAACAGAAUCAUUUGUUGUUACACUGAUGUCUCUCUUCCUUUUUCACUUCCACAGCCUGUCUUUGAAUUUCCUCCCCUAAAGAGGAACCCAAUUGUUCAGAUGCAAACUAAGUUGAUCAGUUACUGCAGUGGUCUCCAAAGUGGGGGUGCGCAGCAGGAGGAGCGCACUUUUUUUUUUUUUUUUUUUUGCUUUGCUUCGGCAGGGGGUGCGCGAUCAAAAAAGUUUGGAGACCACUGAGUUACUGUCCCACAGCAGGAAACACUACAGUUGAAAAACAUGUUCUGUUUGAUACUGGGACCCAAUUUCAGUAUUAAACCAACAAACACAAACUGUACCUGUUUGCCUCCAUACCAUCUCCUUAGAAAGAAGGUCAGAUUAAUAUGACUGAAUAGUGUGAGCCUCAUUAGAGUUAGAAGCUUCAGAGAAUCUGUAUACAACAACUUAAUAAAGAUGUGCCAUGCCUUUAGUUUACACUCCAGAGCUAGUACUUAGUAUAAACCUUACAUUUUAUGGUAUACUGGCUGAGUACGUGCUUCAGACUGGAUCAAACUGUCCUGCUUUAUUGCACUUCAGGGCAUAAUUCAAUCUUCAAGAAGCCAGAAUCAUCUCUUAGCUUAGAUGCAGCAUGAUUUGUUGCAUCACUUUAAGAGAAGGAACAGUAAGGUUAUUAUAGUGCAGCCAGCCAUUGGUGGCAGUAAAAGCCUAUCACGUAUAAACAUGAAUGUGGGGGGGAGAGAAAGAGGAAUGUAGCCUGCUUUUAAAAUAGGCCUGUUCAGUUAUCAUACUGCAAAGCUUCAAAUCAACUUUAGCCAUUCUGUAUCCAAGGUUUUGCUAAAAGCUUGUCAGGAAAAUCCUGUAUCAAAGUGGUUUUACAGGGGUUCUGUUUUUGUUUUUAACGUCUUACACUUAAUUCUCCCAUGUGACAAGUUGAUUCUGAACACCUCUCAAAUGUUUCUUUAAUGUGAUUUAUUUUAAUGUUACACAGAAAGCAAAUUAAUUUUUUGGUGACAAUUUGCAAGUUUCUGUUGCAGCAUUGUGCAUAAACAUUCAUUUUAUUUUUAAAAACAAUUACAUAGUUUGUGUAAAUGAAGUUAGUGAUUUUUAUUAAAAUGAGGUUUUUAAAAUGAG